AGACGCGUCUUUGAGGGAGCUUUGCUCCAAGCGUUUUGUUGUCGACGCGUCGGGCGGGCGGGAUUGAUCCGGCAUCCAUUCACCGUCUCCAACAAUUUCUCGACUUUGGGUAAACCACCACGCGCGCCCACCCAAACCUCAGUGCCCUAGGCAUUUCAAUCCCUAGAUCGGAUCAGUUUGUAUUUUUUUGCCGAGGGGCUCUAAUUAACUCGCCAUACUCAGUAGUACUGCACGCACGCCAUGCCUCGGCCGCGACCUAAGAGAUCGCGAGUCGCGUCGGCGCGACCUGCCGUCCGGGAGCAAGCAGAAUCAUCCACAACAUCGCCCCUGGUACCAGCCGUCUCCAAACCCAGUGACCCAAGCAGUGAUAUUUACGACAUCAGCGACCGCGAGAAAGAGCGCCUGAAGAGAAAACGCGCAUCUAAUGCCGCCGCAAUCACGGCAGACGAGACGGAAUACGUGCCUCAUGGCUUGGAGAUGACGGCGGAGCAGACACAGGCCCUGGAGGACUCGAGGCGCAAACGGGAUGCAGCGAUGGACCGACUGGCAAAUAUCACCUCGACGUCUAGUCCUGGAUGCGGCCGCGCCGUCGAAAGUCCCCAUAUCGAGUAUAGCCGUCGAGACGAGUCGGUGAUCAGCCGUGCUCUGCCAAGGCUCACAGAUGCUUCUGGGCUAGAUCUAGACGACGACUCUCUCUUUGGCAAGCUGGACGACACUCUGGAGGACAGCCACGAGGCGAUUGAGGAGACAACGCAGAACGGCCACCGGUCGACUGAUACGUCCUCGUUCAAUAUCGGCCUGUUCAAGCGCCGACCCCGGCAAUCCAGCAUCGUCGGGAAGGAUGACGCUCCCAUCCGGCCGAGCAGCAGAGGCCCCAACACGUCCAACAUUAGCUCGACCCUCAACCUCGGCAUGUUCAGGCGCCGGGCGCGCGAGCCAAGUAUCCUCGGGACGGCCCAGAAGGAGCGCGCUCCGCGACCCCAGUCACAGGCGUCGAGAUACGGGAGCGUGGCCGGAGAUGACUCUGGGCCCGACGAUGAGUCAACGCCGCUGAAACUGGCGAAGAGACGGUCCGAGAGGCAUUCGCAGCCCGCGGCCGCUACUGAUGCUAGCUCAAGAGAAGCAUCCCCUAUCCUGCCGUCGCGGAAGCGCAAGUCGCUAGAGGAUCAGGGGGGCCGCGAGAAGAGACCCGCUCUCGAACUGGAAGAUGAUAUUCACCAGUCAAUAGAGGUGGACAGCAGCUCCAGUUCUGUUUCAUUCCCUUCUCCUUCUCCGCCCAGGCAGUUAGAUCAAGAGCGGUUGUCAACCCCCGACCAUCGGCUUAUCGGAACCGACCUAGACAUGGCGCCCCCACUGAGCAGCGGCUCUUCGGAUGUCUCCAGUUCCGUGGUCUGGCCAUCUCUGGACUCGCUCGCCCACCGGACUUACUAUCACACCAGAAAAACAGUGCCUUCCAGGCCUCACAAGACUCCAGAACCGGGUGCUGCUGUUGAGGAUGCUGCCUCUGACAUCUCGUCGCCGCCUUCCUUGACACACUCGCCCAACUAUGCAGCGCCAAAACCGAAAGCCAAAAGGAAGCCCUCGGCUCCCGUCAAGGCCACAACCACGGCAGACCUGACGUCGCUCCUCCCGCGCCGCCGGCACAAGGCCGCUAAAAGCAAAAAUAGAGAUCACUACGACCUCACCAACUCUGGCGAGGAAGGGGGUCAUGACGGCGAAGAGAAUGACGACGACGAGGAAGAAACUGCCCACGAGGACGACGACGACGAGCUUUCUUACAUGGCGGGCUCGAGAGCCGCCGCUGCGGCCCGCAGGAAGAAGAAGAGGGCGGCCGCCGCUUCCGCUGCUGCCCUGCCACUGGGCCGAUCGCUCAGUGGGAACCGCGGCGCUAGUGGCAAGGGCAAAAAGGCGCAGGCGGCGUCAGUAUCCGCGCAAAAGAAGAGGCCAGGCCUGAGGACGUACGGCUCGCGCAACUCGGACAAGGAGAACGAGAACGAGGAGUCGAUCGAGGUUGGCGGGGACGGGGGAGAAGGCGGGGAAAGCGAUGGCGCCGAGGACGAGGAAGCGCAGGAGCUUGACACCGAGACGAGCCAGAUGAUGCUCGAGCGCCUCGGCGAGGAGCUGCAGUUGGUCGCUAAGAAGUUCAAGGAGGUCGACCAGUGGGAGCUCUCUUACGAGGAGGUCACGGAGAGCUCGUCGCCGGUGCAGAACGCUAGGUGAUUUGUUUUGUCUUUUUUUUUUCUCCUCAUGUCUCUUUUUUUGCCCUUCGAAUUGCUUUACGAAGGUUUCGAGGGGAGCAAGUUAGCUGUUGCUUUGCUUGUAUGCGGUGAGGUCCCCUCUGCUGAAAGCUUCGUGGAGAAGGUAGACGCAUCGGGGCCUUGAGCUCGCGGGCACAUUUAGCUAUAUCCGGUGAUGUGUCUGAACUUCAAGCAGUCCCUCUUCGUCUGGCUGGGUCAUGGGUUUGUGGGCACGUUGUGGGUGGCAGAACCAGUUGUGUUGUAGGCAGUCGGAGCGUCAGCUCCCUCCAUUAGUAGUGUGUGUGCUUCGGGUUUGUUUAUGGAGGCCGGCGCGUUUGUUUUCUAUAUCCAGGAGGGAGGAGUGAGACGAUGUUGGUAGUAGGAAAAGGAGUCGUAAUUGUGUAUUUCAAAUGACAGCCAUUCUAAUGUGCGUGUAAGCCUGCAAUUGAAAGA